UGUCUAUAGCUCUUUUCGAUUGUUGUUUUCGGAUCAAUUAUCAACGAAGGUUAUAUGAACCGACCCACGGAGGUGGAACAGCACUGCAUCUUCAACCGGAAUCCCAACGCCUGUAACUAUGGCAUCACCAUUGGCGUGCUGGCCUUUCUUGGGUGUAUGGCCUUCCUUGCCCUCGAUGCUUAUUUUCCGCAGAUCAGCAGCGUGAAGGAUCGGAAAAAGGUGGUUCUGGGGGAUAUUGGAUUUUCAGCGUUUUGGUCCUUCCUGUGGUUUGUGGGAUUCUGCUUCCUCACCAACCAAUGGCAAGUAACAGAUCUGGAAAAGGACGACCCAUUAAAGGAAGGAGCCGAUGCUGCUCGAGCUGCCAUCACUUUCUCCUUCUUCUCAAUCUUCACCUGGGCUGCUCAGGCUUUCCUGGGAUACCAGCGGUACCGCCUGGGAGCCGACUCUGCUCUUUUCUCACAGGAGUACACGGACCCAAGCCAGGAUAGCUCUGCUCCUUAUGGCCCAUACCUCUCUGGUGAUGAGAUGGAAGCCCCAGGCUCUUACCAGCAGCCACUCUCAACAGGAGCCUACACUAGCAGCUCAGAGGGAUACCAGACGCAGGAUUACUGAGCGAAGCAACAGCCAGGAGGGAGUGAAACCAGAACGAUAAUUCCUCCCUCUCACACAACCUAUACACAUUUUACUGGGCAACCCUUGGUUUAAAUGAGAGAAAGCUGUGACACUCCACAAGUGUGUAUCAUCACUGGGUCAGGGUUUCAUAUCCUUGAGUUUGAUUCACAUGUUGUAACUCCUGCAGGUGCUUAAGGUAAAUAUAAAAUACUCCCACAUUUAUCUGGUCUGUUCUGUAAGACAUGACCACUUGAGUGCAGAUAAUUUUUGAUGGAAUGAUAUAUAUAUGUGUAUAUAUUUAUUUUAAUUAAAGGUUUAUUUAUUGAUUCUGGAAUACAAGUCAGUAGCUGGAAACUUGCCCACUCCCCUGAUGUGCCCACCCAUGCCAUCUCCUCUCUGCAAAUUCGCUGUCCUUCCUCCCAGCUCCCUGUGCACAGAUAGGAUCGGAAUGGGACGACAGGAGGUUGAUCUGCUGGUGCUGGGGAAUGAGGACUGGAGCGAGUGUGCUGGGACCCAGCUUUCACUGGCACUGAGGUGUGGUACAGGGAAUUGUUCAGGAUGCUGCUUCAACCGGUGUUCCCCAGGGGCAUGGGGCAUUGUAGGGGACAGAGUCGGAUAUGAAGGAAAGCUAUUCUCAUUUACUGAAAAGCACAAAAUAACAAGCUAAGCAAUUUUUUUUUGCGGGGGAGGGCGCAGGUUGAGGGGUGAAAAGCGCAGAGAUUCCUGUCCACGUAAGAAGCCCUUGCAGAUGAUCAGAGAUAGCAUGCUCCCUGGUCCAGUUAUUUUAAACAGGGUGAAGGGGUUGGGAAAGGGGUUACAGUGGUGUAGGUGCGGGAAGGUGAGAAUGAAUGAAUGUGUGCUCAACUUGAUCUGUAGCGUGAGAUUUCAGUAGUGAGGGAUAGUUCACCUCUGUUAUGGCGCUGGGACCUGUGUGUGUGUGUGUGUGUGUGUGUGUGUGUGUGUGUAACUUCCCUUUUGACUAGUUCCGUUCCCCCACCAUGGUCCAUCGCGGUCGGUCGCGCUCUCUCUCUCCCCAUCUCUCUCUCUCUCUCUCUCCCCAUCUCUCUCCCUCUCACUCUCCCCAUCUCUCUCUCUCUCACUCCCCAUCUUUCUCUCUCUCCCACUCCCCAUCUCACAUUCACUCCCCACCUCUCUCUCUCUCACUCACCAUCUCUCUCCCACUCCCCAUCUCUCUCCCACUCCCCAUCUCUCUCCCACUCCCCAUCUCUCUCCCACUCCCCAUCUCUCUCCCACUCCCCAUCUCUCUCCCACUCCCCAUC